UAGUGGCGGCGCGCCGCUGGUUGUUACGCGGUUGUGGUACGUUUUGUCGUGCGGAAAUGUGAGUUUCGCGUCGAGAACGAGAAAAUCGACACUGACUAGCGUGCGUCGUUAGUCAAGGAGGAGGAAACCGUGCCGGUCGCUCGAAUUCGCCGAAGGUUUCUGUCAAGAUAAACACGAAAUAGGAUGACACUACUCGUGGUUUGAACGAACAUCUCGAUCUCGUGCGUGCAGCCUGCCAGUCGCGACAUGGCGGGUUUUCGAGACGAGGAUAAGGCUCUGUUUCCUAUACAGAGCAUCUCCUCCAUCGUGCAGAUCUUCCAGAACCAACUGGAAAACAGCUCGGAACCGGAUCUCGCUUUGCUUUCGAUCCUCGUCGGCGCGGUCGAGAAUUCCCUAACCUGCAACAGAACAUUUGCGUCGCAGGAGACCACUGUUUACGACGAGCCGAAACUACCGGCGGUCGAGUUUCACAUCGCUGAGGCGCUUUACACGAAGUUCCACGCUGUGAUCAAGGGAGCGGUAGAUCUCACGGUUUACGACACCAAAUACGCGACCAGAGAACUCGUGAAAAAGGUCUCAGACGUGAUAUGGAAUUCUCUCACUCGAAGCUACUAUAAGGAUCGUGCGCAUUUGCAAAGCCUCUAUAGCUACCUCACAGCGAAUAAACUGGAUUGUUUUGGGGUCGCCUUUGCCGUUGUCGCCGGUUGUCAGGUCUUGGGAUUUAAAGAUGUGCAUCUGGCUAUGUCGGAGGACCAUGCCUGGGUGGUCUAUGGAGAGGAUGGUACAGAAACGGCGGAAGUCACAUGGCACGGAAAGGGAAACGAGGACAAGCGUGGCCAACCAGUUGAGCCAGGUGUGGCUUCACGGUCGUGGUUGUAUGUGAAUGGACAGGCCGUUGUAUGUUCCAGGGCUAUGGAAGUGGCUACCAUAGUAUCUGCUAUAAAUCCUAGUUUAAGUGCGACUGCUGAUGCAGCUGAGGUGGCAUUGCUCCAGCAGGAACUGUUGUGGUUGUUAUAUGAUUUAGGUCAUUUGGCCAAAUAUCCUAUGGCUCUGGGUAAUCUAGGAGAUCUCGAGGAGGCUGCGCCUACUCCAGGUAGACCUCCAGCCAUAGACCUAUUUCAGGAAGCCAUACGAACGGCCAGGAAGUAUUACGGGAAUGCCCAUGUAUAUCCUUAUACCUACCAAGGUGGUUAUUUGUACAGACACGGACUCCACGCUAAUGCGUUGGCGUCGUGGGCAGACGCAGCGGAUGUUUUAAGAAAGUACGAUUAUUCGAGAGACGACGGAGAAAUAUAUAAGGAGUUGCUCGAAAUAGCCAACGAGCUAAUACCUCAUACGGUGCGAGCAGACGAACGUCUGUUACGACAACCCCGAUGUUUCGCGUACCUACUGAGGUUUUACGACGGCAUCUGUCAAUGGGAAGAGGGCGCGAAUACACCGGUUCUGCACAUAGGAUGGGCUCGACCGUUAGUGAACACCAUCUCGAAGUUCGACGCCGGUAUUCGCGCCCAGGUUAUCAUAGAGUGUUAUGAUGUGGAGACCAAACAAGAGGAGGAGAGAGCGCAGAAGAGGGAGACCAGCCCGGAAGAAACGUUGAACAACAACAACAACAAUUAUUGUAAGACGAAGGAGAGGGGGAACGCGGCACGCGAUUUGAUCAAAAGCUUAGAGUCGAAAGUACCUUCUAAUCCAGCGCCAAUGCAUCCUAGUAUUCAAGCCUUGACCGCUGCGUGCAGCGAGAAAAUACUUAACAGAGAUUACCUCUUGCAAGGUGGUGGAGAACCGUUCGUCGCUCCGCCGGACGACGCUCUGCCGCCUGCACCUUCCACUUCUCAGGAGAACCUCGAUCCCGAGGUAGAGACUGAUUCCGAGAACGAGAGGCCAAGGAUAACGUUGUACAGUCAGAAGAUGAAGGGUCUGAAAGACCUGCUGCUGGCCGAAAAGCUGAACACGCACGCGAUUUCGUUGCAGCUAACCGCACAGAGUCAGGUACAAAUCGGUAAGAAGUCGCGCGGCACCGACGACGUUGGAGUCAGUCAACGUCCUAAGAGGACACGUCGGGAAUAGUAUAAGACCAUCGAUCGCCGUUUCGGUAUCGUGAAGUAUUGAAACAGUGCCACUAGAUUUAUUUCUAUCGGUGGGAAAGAUCGGUGGCGCAAACGUACGGAAUGAUUUCCGUACGUCGUUAGAAUAGUGGUUCUUAACCGACGUGCCGCGAAUGUUUGGCAAUUGAUUAGAAGAAGCAUGAUUUAGAAGACUAUUCUCGAUCCAUCACGGCUCGUGGCCCGUUGAAAACCUGACACAAGUACUAACUAUGGAUAAUUACCGUGAGUAUUUUAAAAAUUGUUGGAAGUGAAGCUUCGAUUAAUUUACCUCGUUUAUUAGCUAAUUGUGUAAAUAUGUAACUGGUUUGCCGCUGACGUAAUUUUACGUCAUUUUAUAGUUAUGGAGAGUGCGAUAACCAGUUAUGGAUUUUUACAAUGAAUUUUCUUGCCGUAAAUUGAAUUUUCAUUUUUCAUCAUUUUUACGGUUGUUAUUGUAAUCAACCUUGAUUUAGACCAGUGCUAGGAUUUAGUUUUCGCUAAACUCUGCCACGGGCCUGGAAAGAUUAAAAAUCUUCUAAGCUGUGCCAUGAGCUUAAAAGGUUAAGAACCAUUGCGUUAGAAUCUCAGUCUUCGCUCACGGUUUCUUUCUGUUCGAGUGAAUUUCCCGAUCCAAGCUUCUUGCGGUACGAUCGCAGGAAGAUGGACGAUGGUGAUGAAUUUUGUGCCGUUUCGUUUUCAAUCCCGUUUGUCGUACACGUCUAUCGUGUUUCACGACGAUUCGAUCGCUCGAAUCGUUAACGCGAAUCGUCGCGAAACAUGUUCGCGUGAACACACGGGACGCGUUGUCGUUUAGGUACAGGGAUGGGCAAAAUGUAUUUCAAAAAGUAUUCGAAUGACGAACACCUUCAUUUGCAUUCCGUUCGUAAUCAAAACUUUUAACGGAACGGUUGCAUGAGAAUUUUGUAUAAAGUUACAAAUUUAAUUAUUUAUUUAUUUAUUUAUUCGGACAAAAUUAAUAGAUUUAUAAGUCCUGUAUCAAUGUUGUAUAUAUAUACGUAUAUAUAUAUAUAUAUACAUUUAUACAUUUAUGGUUUCGAAUAUUUAUUAAAAUUUAAAGAGUUUCCAUCUAUACUCGAAAACAGAAAUUUAACGAAACUCUAUACAUAUAAAUUCGUAAAUUUAUUUUUUUUUUAUUUAUAAGUAUUCGUAAUUAUUUAUAAAAUCGGUGAGUCUAUCCAGAUCGUGAGAAAGAUUCACGAAAAAAUUCGUACGUUUAUAAAGUGUUUAUUUAUUUGUACAAAUAAGUAAUUAAAUUUGUGAAUUUCUAAAAAUAGAAUUUCGAAAUGUGUAUAUAUUCGUGAAUUUACGAACUGUUUGUAAAUAGUUCAAUUUGUAAGUUUCUUAAAAAGAUUUUAAACAAUUUAUAUUAUUUAAAAUGGAAUUAUUUAUUUGUGAAAAUAUUCGAUAUUAAGCAAGAAAAAUGAAUGAAAAAUCACACGAACGAACGUCAACGUUUGAUCACCACAGAAUACACAAUAUUUCAGGAUGUUCGUCAGGGUUGUUCUAAGCGCUGAAUAGAUGGAUUCAGUAUUUUAGAUUGUAUUUCAAUUACAAAAUCAUUGAAAUAUGCUCGUCCCUGUUUAGAUAUAGGUAAAAUAUAUACGAACAAGUUUGUAGAAGAGUACAAAAAAGUUUUCUCGGUUUUAAGUUAAACGUCGAAAUCGUGAGUGCUUGCGUUUUGGUAUUUUCAAACGAUGAAAAUACAUUUGCGUGUAAAUGUCUUCUUUCUUCCACAGUGUGUAGAGCUGUGCGAAUUAUUGGGGUGGGUUUUGGGAGGCGGGGGUGGGAA